GGGUCCAGUCUGCGCCGCUCUGUCCGGGUCUCCUCCUGCGUGGAUCCUCCGGGAGAGUCGAGUCCCGGAGCCGAGUCCCGGAGCCGAGCCCCGGACAAACGGACCGGACCGAACCGGAGCGCGGAUUCCCCGGGACAGACGCGACCGGAGCCGGAGAGAAACAAACGUCAGAGCUGCUGCAGCUCCUCCCAGUGAAGAAGAAGAAGAAGAGGAGGAGGAGGAGGAGUGUGACUCCCUGUAGGAGACACCAACACAACAGCAGACUGAGCUCAAGUCCCUCUGCGCUCUGAUUGGCUCCUCCUCCCUGCGCUCUGAUUGGUUCCUCCUCCUCCCUGUGCUCUGAUUGGCUCCUCCUCCUCCCUGUGCUCUGAUUGGUUCCUCCUCCUCCCUGUGCUCUGAUUGGCUCCUCCUCCUCCCUGCCUUCUGAUUGGCUCCUGCUCCUCGCUGCGUUCUGAUUGGCUCCUGCUCCUCGCUGCGUUCUGAUUAGCUCCUCCUCGCUGCGUUCUGAUUGGCCGGGCAGAUGGAGGCGGAGCAUGUGACUCGUUUGAGGGCGGAGUUUGACAGGUGUGACUCUCGGGGCUCGGGGUUUUUGGACAGGGACGCCCUGUCGACCCUGUGCCAGCGCCUGCACCUGCCCCCUUCGCACCUGUCACUGCUGCAGGAGCGGCUCCUGGGCCCCCCCCACGCCGAGGGACAGGUGAAACAGGUGAACUUCGAGGAUUUUAAACACGGUUUCGUGGAGCUUCUGUCCACAGACCUGAGCACCUCCGACGACGACUCCAGCUACUUACAACCAGUCGUCCCGGAGAUGAGCCCAAAGUUCGUUAAAGGUUUGAAGCGUUACGGGCGCCGCUCUCGACCCGAGAGACCGGACCAGGACCAGGACCAGGACCAGGACCAGGACCAGGAUCACGACCAGGAUUACAACCGGUCUACAGAGGGACUCCGCGGGGCCAAACUGCGAAGAGCCACGUCUCUGGAGAGCAUCGAGAGCCUGAAGUCAGAUGAGGAGCGCCCCCUACAGGAACAGGAACCCCCCCGAGGAGAGCAGCAGGGGGCGUCGUGCACAGGACGAGACACACAAGAGGGACGAGAACGAGACGCUCAGGAUGUCCUCUGGAGGCUGCAGGACCAGGACCUUCAGGAGAGAGUCCUCUGCUCCACCCCCCUGCGCCCCGCCCCGGUGUCUUCAGAGGAGCGCUCCUUUCGUCUCUCGUCUUCAUCCCUGUUGGUGUCAGAGGGGCGGAGACUCCUCAGUGUCCUCGACGACGGGAGCGGCGCCGCCCGCCCCGACCACGUCCUGUCCCUGUGGAGAGAUGAGGGACUGCAGGACAGUCACCAUGUCCUCCAGGUGUUGGAUUUCUCUCUGGACGAGCCUGUGUGUUUGUCUGAUCUCACUGUGGCUCUGGACAAUGAGUUGUUGGUCAGUUCCAACAGCGUCCACCAGGCGGCGCUGAUCAGCUACAGAACAGAACUACACACACUCACGACUUUGUUGGACGAGUGUCAGAGACAAAGGGACAAAGUUCGGUCGGAUCUGGAUCAGGCUGAACUCCGGAACCUGCAGCUCCUGCGAGAAGAAGAAGAACGACAGAACCAGACCGAGGCCCAGACCCAGGACCGGAUCAGACAGGUGGAGUCGUCCUGUCGGGGACGUGUCUCUGCUCUUCGUGCUCAGAUGGAGCAGGAGGUGGAGUCUGUGGAGCGUGAGAAGAGCGUCCUCCAGAGGACACUGACGGAACUGAGGGACAGAGAGAGCGUCCUGCAGGGGGCGCUGUGCUCCCUGCAACAGGAGAACGUGUCUCUGGAGCAGGAGUCGGUCGUUUUGAGGCUCAGACUCUCAGAGUCUCAGACGUGUGUCCACAAACUGAACCAGGACCUGGACCGACUCAAGGACCAGUUCCGUCUGGAUCCUGGUGGCGGCGCCGUGAGUCCAGACGAGCGUUUCACCGAGAUCAUCAAAGAAUACGAACUACAGUGCCGGGAGCUCAGGGAUCGCUGUGAUGAGUUGAGUUCUGAGCUGGAGCUGGUGAAGAUCCAGAGACCAGAGCGAAGACCCAGACCAGACCCGGACCAGAACCAGAACCAGGACCCGAGCUGGAAACCCCAAGACCAGGGACUGGACCGGGACCAGGACGAGGACCAGGAGAAGACUUCAGACUCUGACGUCAGUGAAGUGAGCAGCUCUCCUCGAGUCCGGAAGAAACUCACACCUCUGGACAAAAAAGCCCUGUGCUGCCUGGAUCCUGGACUGGACCCUGGACUGGACCCUGGUCUAGACCGCGGUCUGGACCGUGGUUUGGACUCUGGACCCUCGGUCUCGAUCCAGACUGAACUGGCUCUGGAGCAGCUCCGAGAGAAACACCAAGAGGAAGUUCACCAGCUCACGGCCAAGAUGGAGACUCAGGUGAACUUUUAUGAACGUUCUCUGGAGCAGAUGAGGCAGAACAUGGAGCUGGAGAGAAAAGACAUCGCACAGGCUUUUAAGAUGGAGAUCUGUGAGUUGGAGGAGCAGAAAGUUUCUCUGGAGAAUCAACUGAAACAGAUGAAAGAAAAUCUGGAGAAAAACCAACAAAGACACGACCAGACGAGAGACAAGAGGCUGCAGAGGGAACGAGCUGAGAUGGAGCAGAACUUUGCCAGAGAAAUCUCAAACCUGGUGCAGAAGCUGAGCGCCGAGAAGGACCAACUGGAGGCCGAGCUCAAGCUCAAGAUGGACCAAGAGCUCCUGCUGCUCAGGACUCAGCUGGAGGACGUUCGCUCUGAAAACGGCGCUCUUCAGGGGCGGGUCGCUCUGCUCCAACAGGAAGUAACGGCGCUGGAGGAGGAAGUGGACCGGACACGGAGGAAAAUGGAGGAAACCGAACGAGAUCGAGAACGACUGAAAGACGAGCAGGAACUUCUGCACAAAGAGAAUUCUGGACUUCGGGAGCAGAUGUUGGAGCUGAGCAGCAGGAACCUGGAGCUGAGCAGCUCAAACGCAGAUCUGAGCUGUAAGAACCGAGGAGAACACGAGGUCCUGGUCCAGACGCAGGAACGACUCCGGAACCUGGGACGGGAGCACGAGGAGCACAGCGCCACCGUGCAGCGUCUGAAGGAGGAGCUGGUCAGAUCAGAGAGAGACAAACAGCAGAGACUCAACGCCUGGACCCAAGAGAAGCAGCUCCUGCAGACGGAGCUCAGCACGGCCAAGAGCAAGGUGGGUGUGGUCUCGGACUUGGAGGCGGAGCUACAGACUUUGGGGCUGAAGCUGAAAUGGAGCGAAGACGAUAACGAGAAACUGAAGCGAGACGCCGAGAAGAGACAGCAGCAGGUGGAGCAGUUGAGCGCGUCUCUGAGCGCUCUGGAGAUGGAGGCGGAGUCUCUUCGGGCUCAGCUACAGUCGACCAAUCAGGAGGCUCUGAGCAACAAACAGGAAGUGACACAAGCGCAGAGGAAACUUCAGGACGCCCACAACAAGGUGGAGGAGCUGGAGUCGAGUCUCAGGAAGUUCAUCGCAGAGAAGGAGGAAGUGACAUCAUCGUUUGAGGCGGAGCUACAGCGUCUGCGAAUCACAAAUCAAGAACUGGAGUCAAAGGUUCUCGAGGUCCGGACGGAGAACCAACAGAUCCAGAAACUGAACCAACAACAGCUGCAGCUCCGGACCCAACUGGACCAGUUAGAGACCGCCAAGACCCAGGCCCAAGACCAGGCGCUCAGAGCAGACACGGCCCUGAGUCUGGUCCAGGCUCAGCACCUUCGUCAGAUCCACCAGAUCCAGACCGAGUCCAAGUCCGAGUCCAAGUCCGAGUCCAGGACCAGAGAAGAACUGGACUCGGUUCUGGACCAACUGAGGGACGAACGACGGCGGAGAGAGAGAGCGGAGGAGGAGCUGAGAGAGAGAGACAGGGGCGAGCGACAGGGGGACCACGACAGGACCGACAGGACCGACAGGACCGACAGGGCCGACAGGGCCGACAGGACCGUGUCUCUGCUGCAGGACCGAACCCAGGACCUGGAGACUCAACUGAAGGCCACACGCAGCCUCCUCCACGAGAAGAACCAACAGCUCCAGGACCAGAUGACUCGAGUUGCGAGCGGUGGGGCUCUGGUGCAGCAGUUGUACCUGGAGAACUCGGAGCUGCAGGUGGCGCUGCAGGAGACGGAGCAGCGGCACCGCCAGGUCCAGACCAAGAACCAGACCCUCCAGUCCAAAGUCCAGGCCCUGAACCGGCUCCUGCGCCAACUGGUCCCACACGCCCUCGCCUAGACCCGACUCGACCCGAAUGGUCCCACACGCCCUCGCCUAGACCCGACUCGACCCGCACGCUCUCGCCUAGACCCGACUGGACCCGCACGCCCUCGCCUAGACCCGACUCGACCCGACUGGUCCCGCACGCCCUCGCCUAGA